AUGCCGCCAAAGAAGGGAAAGGGCCAGCAGGAUCAGCCUAAGAAGGCACCUGUAAGCGUGGCAGAUAAAACUUUCGGUAUGAAGAAUAAGAAGGGAGCCCAAGCGCAAAAGCAAAUCGAGCGCAUGCAAACUUCAUUUAAAGCUGGAGGUACUCCUGAUGAAAAGAAAAAACAGGCCGAGAAAGAACAGAAAGAGAGAGAAAAGGCAGCUUCCGAGGCGGCGAAGAAGGAGGCCGCUGAGUUAUUCAAGCCUGUACAGGUCCAGAAAGUCCCAUUUGGUGUAGACCCCAAGACGGUUCUGUGUCAAUUUUACAAGAAGGGUCAUUGUGAAAAAGGUAGGAAGUGUAAAUUCUCACACGACCUGAAUAUUGAGCGGAAAACAACAAAAAUCGAUCUUGCGCAGGAUCCACGAGAAGCAGAAGCAGAGAAGAGAAAAGAAGAGACUUCAGACGACUGGGACGAAGAGAAAUUGCGCUCCGUUGUAUUAUCGAAGAAAGGAAAUCAAAAGACUACAACAGAGAAAGUUUGCAAAUUCUUCAUCGAUGCUGUGGAAGAGGGAAAAUAUGGUUGGUUUUGGACUUGUCCGAAUGGAGGAGACAAGUGUAUGUACCAGCAUAAAUUGCCACCAGGAUUCGUCCUCAAAACCAAAGAACAGCGUGCAGCGGAAAAGGCCCUCAUGGAUAAAUCGCCUCUCAAGACACUUACAUUGGAAGAUUUUCUUGAGUCAGAACGACAUAAGCUUACAGGCACAUUAACACCAGUCACUCCUGAGACUUUUGCAAAGUGGAAAGCUGAACGUAUGGAUAAGAAGGCUGGUGAAGAACAAGCUAGACUUGCCAAGGAAGCUACUGGUCGUGCUAUGUUCGAGAAGGGAGAUUGGGAGGCGAGCGGAGAUGAGGAUGAUGGUGAUGAUGAUAAUGAUGAUGCAUGGAACAUGGAGAAAAUGCGACGAGAGACCGAGGCUUUACGCGAGAAGAAAGAAGCUGAGAGAUUGGCCAACUUGUAUGGCGGAGCAGCAACAAGUAGUAGCAACGAAGCCGCACCUCAGAUCGUCGAACCUGUAGCAAACGAGGAGGGGGAAGCCUCCUAA